GCGGGGGGGCGGGGUUCGGGCGCCGUCGCCGACUCGGUUUCCGGCGGGUGCGCGGGGUGCACCGCUAUUGCUGCUGGCCCCUGUCCCUCCUUGCUACGUCCUCCGGCUCCAGUGCCCGGUGGCGGCUCAGCUGUGGCGAGAGCGGGGCCGGGCCCGGCUCUGGCCUGACCUGCGAGGUGACCUUGGUCGAGGCCCCUGUCGCGCUGAGCCGCGGCGUCCGUCUGCGGCGCUGGCCUGUCAGGGACCUAGCUCUCGAGCGGUUGAGGACACAGACCUGGAGCGGCCCCACAGGCUGCCCGGUGGCAGAGGGAGCGCCGGGCCGCCGGGGGCGGUGGGAGGGAGCUCGCUCUGGGGGAAAGAUGCCCCUACACGUGAAAUGGCCCUUCCCCGCGGUGCCGCCGCUCGCCUGGACCCUGGCCAGCAGCGUUGUCAUGGGCCUGGUGGGCACCUACAGCUGCUUCUGGACCAAGUACAUGAACCACCUCACCGUCCACAACAAGGAGGUGCUGUACGAACUCAUCGAGAACCGGGGCCCAGCCACUCCCCUCAUCACUGUCUCCAAUCACCAGUCCUGCAUGGAUGACCCUCAUCUCUGGGGGAUCCUGAAACUUCGCCACAUCUGGAACCUGAAGUUGAUGCGUUGGACCCCUGCGGCUGCAGACAUCUGCUUCACCAAGGAGCUGCACUCCCACUUCUUCAGCUUGGGCAAGUGUGUGCCCGUGUGUCGAGGAGAUGGCGUCUACCAGAAGGGAAUGGACUUCAUUUUGGAGAAGCUCAACCAUGGGGACUGGGUGCACAUCUUCCCAGAAGGCAAAGUGAACAUGAGCUCCGAGUUCCUGCGCUUCAAGUGGGGAAUUGGGCGCCUGAUUGCUGAGUGUCAUCUCAACCCCGUCAUCCUGCCGCUGUGGCAUGUCGGAAUGAACGACGUCCUUCCUAACAGCCCGCCCUACUUCCCCCGCUUUGGACAGAAAAUCACCGUGCUGAUCGGAAAGCCCUUUAGUGCCCUGCCCGUGCUGGAACGGCUCCGGGCAGAGAACAAGUCCACUGUGAGUUUCCCCCCUGGGCUUCCCCCUCACUGUCCUCGGCCCCUCCCAGCGCCCUUGGCCUCCCAGGGCUCCUGGGGGCAGCUCCCUGAGGGCUGCAGGCCAGCCCCAGUCCUUCCCCUCAGGUGGAGAUGCGUAAAGCCCUGACCGACUUCAUUCAGGAGGAAUUCCAGCGCCUGAAGACCCAGGCGGAGCAGCUCCAUAACCACCUGCAGCCCCGGAGCUAGGCGCUACCCUACCCAGACCCUGCCCUUGCUUCCUCUGGACUGGGCACGGCCCCCAAGGCCUGGAGAAGAGACAGCUCUGGGACCCAAGCCCCAGCUACCAGGCUCUCAGUGCCGCCUUUGGGUCCUUGCACCACACAGAGCUGGAGCUGGGGGAUGAACUGAUGCUUUGAGCCCAGUUACAGUUUGUUAGACAGAUUUGUUCAUACCCUUAAUGGGUGCCCUCUCCUAGUUGGUGAGCAUUCCAGCUCCUCUGUGUUUCUUCAGUUGGAGGAAGGGUUUCAGCUGCUUCUCCCGCUUGGCCACGAAGAUGUUCUCUCCCAGGGCUGGUGUCAGGAGGGAGGGUCAUUGAAGAGGGGCAAGUGGCCAGGCUGGAGCUUUAGGGAGGGGCCCACAAGGCUCUUGGCCUGGAUUCCACCCACCUGCCCCAAUCUGGGAGCUGCUCACCACCUCCUCAGGGAUGACCAUCAGCCAUGUCUUUCUUCUGCCUGUUCUUUCCACAAGCAUGGGAGCCUCAGGCAGGGCCUGGCCCCAGGCUGCAGGCAGAAGAGCUGCCCUUUGCCAGAAGUGGAGCCCAGCCAAACAGAGCCUGCAGUAAGGGCCUGAGACCCUGCCACUUGCCCCGACACCAGGGCCACUGACUUCUCUGUCCUUUCCACUUCUCUGGCAUCACUUGAGUUUCCUGGGGCCUGGGUUUUCAUGUUUUGUAAACAGUAAAGCAUCUGUGUCGUGCUGUUUUA